AUGCUGUUGGGAAUGAGCGCCUGUGGCAGGAAGGCGCUGACCCUGCUCAGCAGCGUGUUCGCCGUCUGCGGCCUCGGCCUCCUGGGCAUCUCCGUCAGCACCGACUACUGGCUCUACCUGGAGGAGGGCAUCGUCCAGCCCCAAAACCAGACGGCGGAAAUCAAACUGUCACUGCACUCGGGGCUCUGGAGGGUCUGCUUUCUGGCAGGUGUGACUCGGUCUGUGUUUGCGCGUGGCCGGUGCUUCACUAUCGAAUACGUCAUGCCCAUGAGCAUCCAGCUGACGUCUGAAUCCACAGUCAAUGUCCUGAAGAUGAUCCGCUCUGCCACCCCCUUCCCUCUGGUCAGCCUCUUCUUCAUGUUCAUCGGCUUCAUUCUGAGCAACAUCGGCCACAUUCGGCCUCACAGGACCAUCCUUGCCUUUGUCUCAGGGAUAUUCUUCAUCCUGUCGGGUCUGUCCCUGGUGGUGGGGCUGGUCCUCUACAUCUCCAGCAUUAACGACGAGAUGCUGAACAGGACCAAGGACUCGGAAACAUUCUUCAAUUACAAAUAUGGGUGGUCGUUUGCCUUCUCUGCCAUCUCAUUCCUUCUCACGGAGAGCGCUGGGGUGAUGUCUGUUUACCUGUUCAUGAAGCGAUACACAGCCGAGGACAUCUACCGACCUCACCCCGGCUUCUACCGUCCCCGUCUGAGCAACUGCUCCGACUACUCGGGGCAGUUCUUGCACCCGGACGCGUGGGCGCGGGGACGCAGCCCUUCGGAUAUCUCCAGCGAGGCGUCGCUGCAGAUGAACAGUAACUACCCGGCUCUGCUCAAGUGCCCCGACUACGACCAGAUGUCCUCAUCCCCGUGCUGA